AUGGAAAGAUUGACAACUAGGGGACCACUUGGCCAUCCUCACCAGGUGGAGGCCUCUGCCUGCUGGCGGCUCACUGUGAAGGUCCUGGAGGCCCGGAACCUGGGCUGGGCUGACCUGUUGAGUGAGGCAGACCCCUAUGUGACCCUACAGCUGCCAACUGUAACUGGAACAAAGUUUAAAACAAAAACAAUCACCAACUCCAGUCAUCCUGUAUGGAAUGAGACCUUCAGUUUCCCAAUCCAGAGUCGGGUCAAGAAUGUUCUGGAGCUAAACGUCUAUGACGAGGACUCAGUCACGGAGGAUGAUGCCUGCUUCAAGGUUCUCUAUGAUGUCUCAGAAGUCCUCCCUGGCAAGCCGCUCCGGAAGACCUUCUCAAUGAGUCCCCAGGGACAAGAGGAGUUGGAUGUGGAGUUCCUGAUGGAAAAAACGUCGGGACGUCCAGAAAACCUCAUCACCAACAACGUCCUUGUGGCCCGAGAGCUGUCAUGCCUGGAUGUCCAACUGGACAGCGUUCGGAGCACAGCCACUGUCACAGAUCAGGAUGAGCUGGAGCUGGUGCUGAAGGGGUCAUAUGAAGACACACAGACAUCUGCGCUGGGCACAGCGCCUGCCUUCCGCUUCCAUUACAUGGCAGCCCAAGAGGCAGAAUUGAGUGGGCGUCUGAGGAGGUCAGAAAGCAGUGGCUCCAAUUCAGACAAGUCAGCUGAGCACCUCACUGUGCCCCUAAGGUCCUUGGCCGUGGGAGAGGAGGUGACCGUUAACAUUCCUGCUACAAAUGCCCCAGAAGUGAGGCUGCAGCUCAAGACUGAGAGCUGCCCUAAGGAGCUGGCUAUGCACCUGGGCUUUGAUCUGUGUACAGAGGAGAAAGCUUUCCUGAGCAGGAGGAAGCAAGUGGUGGCCAAGGCUCUCAAGCAGGCCUUGCAGCUGGACAGAGACCUACAGGAGGAUGAGGUCCCUGUUGUGGGCAUCAUGGCCACAGGAGGAGGUGCCCGGGCCAUGACCUCUCUCUACGGCCACCUGUUGGCCCUGCAGAAGCUGGGCCUCCUGGACUGUGUGACCUACUUCAGUGGCAUCUCGGGCUCUACAUGGGCAAUGGCCCACCUCUACGGGGACCCUGAGUGGUCACAGAGGGACCUUGAAGGACCCAUCAAAUAUACUAGGGAGCACCUGACCAAGAGCAAACUGGAGGCCUUCUCCGCAGAGCGCCUAGCGAGCUACCACCUGGAGCUUGAGCUGCGGGCUGAGCAAGGCCACCCCAAGACCUUUGUGGACCUGUGGGCUCUCUUGCUGGAGUCCAUGCUGCACGGCCAGGUGAUGGAUCAGAAGCUGUCCGAACAGAGAGCUGCACUGGAGCGGGGCCAGAACCCUCUGCCCCUCUAUUUGAGCCUCAACGUCAAAGAGAACGAUUUGGAGACCAUUGACUUCAAGGAGUGGGUAGAGUUUUCCCCCUAUGAGGUAGGGUUCCUGAAGUAUGGAGCCUUUGUCCCUUCUGAUCUCUUUGGCUCUGAGUUCUUCAUGGGGCGGCUGAUGAGGAAGCUCCCUGAGUCCCGGAUCUGCUUUCUGGAAGGUAUCUGGAGCAACAUUUUGUCCCUGAACUUGCUGGAUGCCUGGUAUGACCUCAUCAGCUCUGAUGACACCUGGAAGCAGCAUGUCAAGGACAAGAUCAGGAAUCUGGAGGAGUCUCCUGCGUCCGUGAGGACCUCCUCAUGGCGGGAGGCCUCUUGGCUGCAACCUGGAACAAUGCUGGCCAAGGCAUUUAAGGGCUUCCUGACAGGCAGGCCACUCCACCAGCACAGCCUCAACUUCCUCCAGGGCCUCCAGCUGCACCAGGACUACUGUAGUCAGAGAGACUUCUCCACCUGGGCAGACUGUGAUCUAGACUGCACCCCCGGCCAGCUUACCCCUCAGGAGCCCCAGCUCUGCCUGGUAGAUGUCGGCUACUUCCUCAACACCAGCUGUCCCUCCAUGUUCCGGCCCGGCCGCAGACUGGACCUCAUCCUCUCCUUCGACUACUCCCCAUCCUCACCCUUUGAGACACUGCAGCAGACUGAGUUGUACUGCCGGGCCCGGGGACUGCCGUUCCCUCGAGUGGACCCCAGCCCUCAGGACCAACACCAGCCAACAGAGUGCCACGUCUUCUCGGACCCCACCCUCCCUGAUGCCCCUGUCCUGCUGCACUUCCCACUGGUCAAUGCCUCUUUCAAGGACCACUCAGCCCCUGGUGUCCGGCGGAGCCCCGCAGAGCUCCCGGCUGGCCGGGUGGAUCUCACUGGCACCACCUCACCCUAUUCCCUGUUCAACAUGACCUACAAGGAGGAAGAUUUUGAUCGCCUGCUACAGCUUAGUGACUACAAUGUACGGAACAGCCAGGAUGCCAUUCUGCAGGCCUUGCGGGCUGCUGUGAAACGCCGGGCCCUAGCGGCCACACCUCCAACAGCACAGAAUUGA